AUGAAGGAAACAGAUUUCACGACAUAUCCACUAUGUGUCAACCAGCAAAACAACAACACAACACCUGCUGCAACACCAAAUUCGAUAUCCACAACAACACCGAAUGAAUAUAAUGUGGCAAUGAUCGAAAACAACACAACAACGCUUGAAAACAACAUAACAACAACAGAAUCAUACACAACGGGACAGCAAACGGAAGAAGGGGAAAAGUCAGAAACAAUAGAAGAUGAGGAGGACAAAUUCGACAUAAUUGACUAUGCAAAUCUGGUUGCUGAAGAAAUGGUAGAACAACUUGAAAACACCAGUAAAAAACUGGAUCCAGAAAUCGACAUCAACAAUGCAAAGUUAAUAACAGACAAGCAACACCCCGAAGUGGAAAAAGGACAGGCAUACAAAGACAAAGAAACUCUAAAAAAUGUCCUCAGCUACUACGCAAUCAAAAACAACUUUCAGUACAAAGUGUGGAAGUCCUACUCUCAAGAAUACAGUCUGAAAUGUGUUUACGAAAGCUGCAAUUGGUCACUAAGAGCAUCGAGAAAUGGGCCAACAAACACAUUCAUAAUCAGGAGGUUCUCAAAUAUGCACACAUGCCCCAUAAAUAUAAGGCAUGAAGACCAAAGGCAAGCAACAUCGAAACUGAUAGGGGAAUGCAUAAAACCGAAGUUCUUGAACAUAAAGACCAAGGCAACAGCGAAGGACAUAAAAGGGGAGUUGAAAUACAGAUAUGGCAUCAAAAUGAACUAUAUGAAAGCUUGGAGAAGUAAGGAACAUGCAGUAAACGACUUGAGAGGUAAUGCUAGUGACUCGUACAGCCUAAUACCGAGUUUCUUACACAUGGUGGAAAAAACAAACCCUGGAUCAUUUGUGGAUCUGAAAACGGCAGAAGACAACAGCUUGCUCUUUGUUUUCAUGGCAUUGGAUGCAUCCAUAAAAGGGUGGGGAGCAUGCAGACCGAUAGUUGUUGUGGACGGAACGUUCCUCAAAGCAGCUUAUGGGGGAACUUUGUUGUGCGCAUGCACACAAGAUGCAGCAGGUCAUAUUUUUCCACUAGCGUUUUGUGUUGCAGAUUCUGAGAAUGACCAAUCUUGGAAAUGGUUCUUCAAAAAAUUUAAAGAAGCGUAUGGUGUACGGGAACACCAAUGCCUAAUUUCAGACAGAAAUGAAAGCCUCAUCAAAGCAGCGAGAGAAAUCUAUCCAGAAAUUGCACACAGUUACUGCGGUUACCACAUUUUGAGCAACCUUAAAACAAGCUUCAAACAACAUGCUGCCAAAUACAAUCUGCCAUUCUUUGGAGCAGUGAAAGCCUACACAGAAAAGCAAUUCGAGUUCCACAUGGCUGAAUUGGAUGGAUUGGACAAACGCAUAAGACCUUACCUCAAAAAAAUCGGGUAUGAAAAGUGGUCAAGAAUUCAUAGCCAAAACUAG